GGCUCAAAAGCAAACCGGGGUGCCGGAGGAGGCGCCCCAGCGGCUGUCCGGCAAGGUGGUGUGCCAACGUCACCAUGGCGACGACCGUGAAAGUGGCGAGUCAAGCCAAGUGGGAGCCAGGAAUGCAGGAGUCUGAUUUGAUGGACGCCCUGCCCAAUGGCAAAAGUCGAAUGGAUGCACAGACACAGAGCAUCAUGCUCGUCUCCUUGGGGUGCUAUUGUGGGCCGAAGCUCUCGUUCAAGAACAUCGGACGAGGGGCGGAGACCUUGCCCUUUGACUGGAUGCGAACUCGUCACGAGGGCUUGAUGCACUUUCUACAGGGCAACUGGGACGAAGAAAGCAACUACAAUGGCUUCUUCGAGUUUACCUCCAAGAAGGUGGUGCCAGGCUGCCAAAUGACCACGUAUCGGAGUUACUAUCACUCAUUCUGGCACGAUGACCCUACAGACCCUGGGAUGCACGAGAGAUACAAGCGCCGCAUCAAGCGCUUCAAUGAGAUUGAUGCAGAGAGCAAGCCCGUGCUCUUUGUGAGAACCAUACCAACAACGGAGGAGCUUGAGAACGUUCCAGCGUUGAUGGAUUUGCUGAUCAAGCGCCAUGGGAAGCAAGCAUUCUUGUUGCUCAUUAUCGACUUCCAGAAAACAGCGCAAGGGGCUGCUGUGGUGGAAGGCAUCGACAACAUUAUGGUGCACUUCCUCUCAGGAAGUAAGCACGUGAACCAGGAGGGGUUACCUGCUCCGCCAUACGGCGAUGCAGUGAAUUUAGCAUUGGACUGGAUUGUGGGCCGGUCCGUGUCAGUGAUGCAGUUCGAGAAUUGGGAAAGCAUAAUGAGAUGCUCGGAUCACACUGAGUGGGGAUUGAAUGGCCUUGGGGGCCUUUAUGCCUUUGAGUUGGGUCUGGAAGCUCCACAAGAAGAGCCUCCAGAGCUGUCACAUCCUCUACCUCAGCUGGAUCCGAUCCCGUCGGAGAAACUGGAGGACAUGUUCCUUCGCAAGGCUCCAAGGGAGCGGCCGCAACUGCGACAGCUCCAAGUGGUGCCUUUGGGAUUCGGUGGCUUUGUGAAGGCCAGUGUGCUUGCAAUGGGAAUUCCAUCUGUCUCGCUGCCCUUCGAUUGGAUUAUGAUCAGUCACGCUGGACUUCUACACUUCCUGCGGCAAGGCUUCGAGGCACCGAUUCGAAAUGGACUCGGUGCGGGUGGCCAAAGGCCUGCGGAGAAGAGAGGAUUCUUCGAUUUCGCCACCAGGAGGCCGGUCCAGGGCUCUGAGAUAAUGAUGUCUCGGUCGCACCUGCAUUCAUUCUGGCAUGAUGAUCCUGCAGAUCCGGAGGUGCGCCAAGCUUUUGAGACGCGAUUUGAGAACUUCGAAAAUUUGGCAAAGACUGGCGACACCUUGCUCUUUGUGCGAGUGGUGGCCACGACAGCGGAGCUGGGAAGGGCUUACGAGCUCACCCAGGCCUUGUCCAAGAAGUUUGGUCCACAAGCAGCACUUCUGUUGAUUUGCGACUUCCAGAGCAAGGUAGGUCCAGUGAUGGUGGACGCCUUCGAUGACUUGAUGGUCUACUUUCUUGAGGCAGAUGCACACAAAGAUGUUGCACCCUACAGGAAGCCAAUUUUAAGUGCCUUGGAAUGGCUUUCAGGAAAGGAGCUCAGGAUGGACAUUGUUCCAGAUUUCAAGGCUCUUCAAGCCUUGGCUUCUCCAAACUACUGGGGCCUCAUGGGCUACGGUGGAUUCCUUGCGUUGGAGGGCCUCACUGGCCCACCAGCCGAGAUGGUGGAAUGGACACCUGCACCUGAGGAUCAGUGGCUGAUGGAUGCCAAGUUUGAGGCUGACAAGGACGCUAUGGCGGUGGUGUCUCUUGGAUACCAUGAGUUCUUGGGCAAGGCCUUGGAGUUGGCCAAGCUGCCGGUGGAAACCUCGCCCUUCGACGGAGCCUUCAUCAACGGCGAAGGGGUGUUGAACUUCCUGCGGAACGAUUUCACCGGCUACUUGGAUGUCGCCAAGCCCCUGAGGAUUGAAGGCAGUCCAUACAUGGUCCGACGGUCAUGCUACCACUCCUUCUGGGAUAUUGACCCCAAUGCUCGGCUGCGACAAGCGGAGAUGAACAUCCGGUCCUUUAGACACCUUCUUGGAAGCAAUCGGGUCAAGCUCUUCGUGCGGGCUGUGGCAAGAGGGGACGAAUUGCCCUUGCUGGGCGAGAUACACGAAGCUCUUUGCAAGCACUCGCAAUCAGCACUGCUGCUUGCGAUUGUUGGCGGUCAGGAAAAGAAGACCCUGACGGUGGCCAGCAACUACAGUGUCUUGGUCCAGUUCAUAGAGGAGGACCCGAUCCAGACUGGUGUCCUGCAGAGCUACGCGGAGCCCGUGCGGAGCAGUCUUGACUGGGCCGUGGGGAAGGAGCUGAAGGUGGGCGUGGUGCCGGACUUCGCUGCGCUGAAGGGCCUCUUGAGACCGCUGCCUCCCACUCCUCUCGUUGGCCCGGGGAACGUGCCACUCUUCGAGGAGAAUCUGUCUACAACGGACGAAUCGGGAGAAGGGUCUUUGUCGAGCUCGUCUUCACCGGGAGUUCAUUUGGUCGCUUCGAAUUUGAAGGUGAAAGUGCCUUCUCCCAGCAGGGGAUAUGCUGGGUUCAGAUGAGCGAAACUAGUUUGCACCGUGGCUAGAGCCACGAUCUGCUUCCUGCGUGAUGGCUCUGUGGCACCAUUUCAACACCC